CCUGAACAGCUCUGGGCGUCAGCCUAAAGCCCCUGCCUGAUUCGGCAUACGUGGCAAGCAGCGGUUGCAGUACCAUGUAGGGGGGCUCCGCUGUGUCGCUCGUCAAAUCGCGGGGCAUUGUGGGGCGGAGGCGGCCUUUCUCUGCGUUCAGACGAUCGGAAAUCUUCAAGUAAAUAACGGGAGGAGGAACGGUCUGAACGCAGCUUUCAGAAAACGCAAAGCUCAACUAGAAGUUGCGACCAUUCUCUGAUAUUAAUAACUUGAAUAAUACACAAACAUGGGGCAGGAGGAUUUUAUGAACAAAGCCGAAGACGUGGCAGACCAGUUCUUGCGGGUCACCAAACAGUACCUGCCCCAUUUGGCGCGCCUGUGUCUUAUCAGCACUUUCCUUGAAGAUGGCAUCCGCAUGUGGUUCCAGUGGAACGAGCAGAGAGACUACAUUGAGGCCACCUGGAGCUGUGGCUACUUCUUGGCUACAUGCUUUGUGUUGCUUAACCUUAUUGGACAGCUAGGUGGCUGUGUCCUCAUCCUCAGUAGGAAUUUUGUACAGUACGCUUGCUUCGGAUUAUUUGGCAUCAUAGCUCUACAGACUAUUGCAUACAGCAUUUUAUGGGACCUUAAGUUUCUGAUGAGGNAUCUGGCCCUGGGAGGUGGUCUUCUCCUGCUGCUGGCGGAGUCUCGUUCAGAAGGAAAGAGCAUGUUUGCCGGGGUCCCCUCCAUGGGGGAGAGUUCACCAAAGCAGUACAUGCAGCUGGGAGGCCGAGUUCUGCUCGUGCUCAUGUUCAUGACCCUCUUGCACUUCGACUCCAACUUCUUCUCUGUGAGUGUCACAAUGUCCUUUUCACAGCCUAACUUCUUUUUAAAAAUGUAUUCAGUUUUAGCUGAGAACAAAAGCAUAAUUUUCAAUGUAGAAUUAAACAGUUUUAUUGUAGUGGUUGGUCUGUUGACACUCAAACCUUUUUGAAAUAAUAAACACCACUAUUUGGUUUAGAUGUUAAUUUUUCUAACAAUUGUUUUUGAUAAAAUAUUCACACUUUGUACGCCUUUUUAAUGUAAAAAUUUAGUUCAUAUUUAUCCAUAAUCAGAUACAAAUGUCAACCAUGGUAUUUUCUUCACCAUCGUUUUAUCAAAUUCACUCAGAUUUACUUUAUCUUGGUGUUCUAGUUUCAUUUGGCUAACUCUGAGCAAAAUAUGACCAAAAAAGGACAGAGCACAGAAAAAAGUAGUCUCUGUUAAAGGUCAGCAACUGAUCAGACGUAACCUGACUCCAUGUGAGGCUACUAGUAGGCUGACUUGCAGAAGGGUCCAAUAAUAGAACCAACUUUCUUUUAUAAUUAGACUAAAACAUGCAUACAUUGUGCACCAUGCAGACUAUAAAUAUAUAUGAAAACUGUGUAAAAGUAAAGAAAGAAUAAGAGUUUAAUGAGGUAAAAAAAUACUGUUGUAGAACAUUUAUCAAAUUUUACAACGAGCCUGAUCUCAACCUAAAUGGUGGCAAAAGCAUCCUACACUUUCACUAUAUAAGUGUAACAAAGUUAGUAGUUGAACGUGUCCAAGUCAGUGAUUAAUUGCUUCUGUUAGAGAUAUCUGUGGGUGUAUAACACGUGAACCAACUAAUCAGAGAGCUGGUUAAAUUUUAGUACUAAUUUUAUUUUUCCCUCUACAGUUUUUCCCUUGUUUAUCGCAGGGUUUACAUUCUAAAAAAAGCUGGCAAAACUCCUCACUACACACUUUAUACACUUUUCUCAGACAGACAUUUGCAUUUUAUUUAAUUUUCUGUUUUUUAAACUCUCAAAGUUUAAGCCUGUCUAGAAAAACAAGUUCAUUAUUAUAGAAUGAAAACUAAGAUCUGAUCGUGAUUAAAGAUUUUUGUAACACUGGCAAACUGAAGGUAUUUUGUACAGAAGGCACAGUACGGAGAUUGAUUGACGAGGUCUACAGCCAAUCAGGAUGCACAGAAGGGUGAACAGUUAAAAAAUAAAUAAAAUAAAAUAAAAAUCCGACAAACGGUAAUACCAGGAAAGCUUAACCACGAUAUAUCGAGGGAACACCGUCCUUUAAGCCACUGAAGGGUCACACAAAAAGUUAAAUGAAGAGGCUAAUGGUUUAGCAAAGUGGAUUUUUAAAUCCAACUGGGAAAAUACAGCAAAGAAACAAAAUAAAAUUACCUUUUUUUAAGCAAUAAAAAAAA